AACACCAACACCACUCUGAAGGUUAUGCCUGUAGAAGAACAGAAUGCAUCUGUGAAUUCAAACGAAUCUUUGUUAGAUUAUAGCAAUGCAAAGGAUGAGAGUGAAUCUCUUUUGAAAGAUCAACCAAAGGAGAACAACCUAAAAAUGUCAUUCUCGCCAUGGAGCAAGUUGUUGAAUAUGUACAGCAAGAUGAAAAAGUCUCCCAUUCCAAAAUUUCACAGUAAAGAGAACUCACAAGAACUGCUAAAAGAAGAUGGCCAACGAAUUCAGCUGAUAGUAUACAGAUGUAAUGAAUCAAAUCCUCUAGUUUUCAGUCACUUUAGAACAACUGACUCUGUGGGUUUUGUUGAAAUGGAGAUAAAGAAAAUGCUUGAUGUUCAGAAUGAGGUUCGGCUGUGGAAGAAAGGUUUGAAUGAUGAGACCAGCCUGCUCCAAAGGUCAGAUUCAACACUGAAAGAUGCGGGUAUCCUCCGUGAACAGGUUUUGCUGCUGGAGGAGAAGGAUGUGCAUGAAAGCAGAUCUUGGCACUAGGACAGGAAUUCUAAAAAAUAAAAGCCCUUUCAUUCUGCAUGGAACAGUCAAUUCUUCCUGUAAAUCUCCUCAGUGAAUAAUUCUAUGCAGCACUUAUGAAAAGCAUUAGUGACUUCUACUGGCAAAAAGAAGCAUUGCAUAGUGGAAGAGUCCUCUUCUGUUACACUCAAAAAGCAAAUAACAUGAGGUUCACUGAAAUUGAAUAAAAGUUACAAACCCAACCAAAGUAAAUUUUGCUAAUAAUUGAUAGUUUGUGAUUGCGAUUAGAUGCUUAAUACUUUAAAUUAUAUGGAAAUUACUUUCUUCCAUUAAGCUAAUCUUUCUAUAAGUUUGAGCUGGUGCGUGUUCAGAUGUAGGUGUCCAGUAAUUACAUUUGUCUAGCACACUUAUAUUUUACAGGAUUGGAGGACAUUAAAUAAAAAUAAGUUGAGACAUUUGAGCUUACAAGUAUUACAAGAGAAUGGUUUUCAAAACAAUGUGAUUUUUCUUUUGUGAUAUCCAUUAUCUUUAAACUAUGUAUUAACAUCAUUGAAUUCAAUCUCAAUAUUUUGCUGAGAGAUGUUAGUGGUUUUGUUAUCCAAAAUGUUUGGAAAUCUGCUAUUUCUAUAAUAAAUGUGACUUUCAAAA